GCGGUCGUCCCGGGGGGCCUUGACCACAGCAGGUCACCGAGGCGCCUGGCCGCGGAGGACCAGCCAUUCCCGGACACCGACAUCGGCCUCUCGGCGGAGCUGAGCCGCAUCAUCGACGACCAUGCCGCGAUGGAGGAGCGGACGGCCGAGUUGGAGAGCGAGCUGCAAGCCCGCUACCGGGACGAGCUGUCCAGGGCUGAGGCCGAGCACGUGCAGCAGCUCAGGCAGGAGUUGCAGGUGCACCAGCGGCAAGCCGAACAAUUGGCGGAGGACCGUCGGCAGCAAGCAGUGGGCUUCGUUGAGACUGCCAACGCGCAGGUUGCCCAGGAGGCCCUCGUGCGAGACGCUGCCCUUCGGGACGAACUUCGCGGCUACGAGGUCUCGCUCGAGGAGUCUGCCGCCGCGGAUGCCGUGGCCCAGCGGGCCCGUGCCGCGGAGGAGAUCGCCGCGCACUUCCGGGCGGUCUGCCAGCACGAGGCGAGGCUCGAGAUCGACGCCCGGGACAGAGCCUUCACGGAGCUCGGGGAGAAGGUCGAGCGUGACGCGGCGGAGAACUACUUGGCUGUCCGGGCUGAGGCGCAGCGCGAGGUGCUCGUGGCCAGGCAGGCGGUGGACCAGCAGGUCGCCGCCCUGCAGGGCGAGGUCGCCAUAGCUAGCGCCAGCGCUGCCAGGGCCGAGGGCAUGCAGCAGGCAGAGGUUGCGGCUGCUCGCGACGGAUUCCGUCGACUUCGACACCAGCAAGAGGUCGGCGACGCGGAGAUCGUCCAGUUCAAGAGGGAAGUUGACGAACUGAGCGACGAGCUCGACACGCGGAACCACGAGCUGGAGCUUUGGAGUGAGCAGGGCUUGGAUGCCCAGGCCAGGUUCGAUUCCGAGGCCGAGCAGCUCCGCGAAGCCAACGAGCACAUGCUGGAGUUCUCGAGUCAGGCGAAUACCUACAUCGAGGGGCUCGCGGGGGUCAUCGAGAACUUGGAGGAUUCUCUGGCCGCCGAGACCAGGAUGCGGGGCGAGGAGUCCGCACUAGCCGAGAGACGGGGGCUUGAACUACGACGUGAAGCAGAGAUUGCCAGAGCGGCUGCUGUUCGACCGGGGCUUCCGCAGCUGGUGGUCCCAGGAUCCGCCGCCUCGCUUGGAGCUGCCGCUCUUGCAGCUGUUCCUGCAGCCGGCGGAGGCGGAUGCCCAGCGCGGGCUGCUGUCCCAGCCGGGGCCCUUGCUGCUCCCUUUGACCGCCGGGUCGUGUCCGCGAUUACGGCCGGGGGCUAUCGGAUUGGCGAUGGUACGGCGCGGGCCGGUCCGUCGACGGCGCCGCCUGCGGCGCCGAUUUCGCUCGUGACCCCGGACCCGGCACGACGAGCAGGGCUGCCAACGAACCCUGCUGCCCCAGUUAUGUUCUCGCUGGAUUCGGACUCGGAGAACGAGGAUGAGGCUUUCAUGCGACGGCGCGCGCCGGUCAAGGAGAUGAAGCUGGAGGCCUUGCCGACGGCCCACGGCCUGCGCAAGUGGGUGAACGACUUGGUAUCGGAGGCGUGCCGGUGCUCCAACAGGUCGAAGACCAGGACACUGAAGUAUCUCAGGGAGGUCUUCUUCGCGACGGACGUCGAGACCCUAGAGACGGAUUUCGGCCUUGGCGUGGGCAGAGAGGUGCAGCUCUACCAGGAGCGGUGCGCCCGCGAGAUCCGCCCGUUCGGCGGCAGGCCUGUGCUAUACAUGAUCCUGAAGCGGUACGAGGUGAACUUUGGCCAGGCGCUCCACGUCGAUCUGUCCACGAUUCAGGCGCUGAAGUUCAGUGGCGAUCUGGAGGCAUAUUUGGACGCCCUCGACUCACGUUUGUCGAUCAUGAUGAAGGAGCCGGAUGAGGCACUAUUGUUGGCAAUCGUCGUGCCAGAGCUCCGGCAGUGCCCAGACUUGGCUCUCGAGUUCCAGAUCUUCGACAGGGCCACGCCUGGCAGCAACGAGCAGACCUUCAAGUACCUCUACGACGCUGCAAGGGCGCUCUGCGCCCGCAAGCGCCAGCAGAAGACGGCGGACAACCUCACGGCGCCGCCGAAGAAGGUGCAGCCGCUCGCCAAGGUGAAGGCCAAAGCCGAGGCGAAGACCAAGGCUGAGCCAAAGGUGAAGGCGGACGCGCGGGCCGGGGCGGCGAACCAGGAACCCAAGCAAUUCCCUUGCGCACUCUGGCGAGCGGGGGCGUGCAAGUUUGACAGAGACUGCAAGUUCAUGCACUAUAAGAAUAAGGUGCGCACGCCCACUGCCGGCUACCCCGCGGGCGCCGUGGUCAAGCUUGGGGGCCAGCCUGGUGAUGAUUGUCGCCACGCGGCGAAACCCUCGGAGUGCCCCUUCGGCGAUCGAUGCAUCUAUCGCCACGGGCCCGACGACAAGAGGGACAUCGAGAAUAUCAUUAAGGAAAAGGCCAGCAAGAAGGGCGGCGGCAAGGGGAAGAAGAAGGUGCUCCUUGCCAGCGCUCCGUGCGUCGGUGCCGGGCUCGACGACUUCACGGGUGAGAUCUGGGCGCUUGACUCCGGGAGCGCGUUGGAUGCGACGGGCCACGUCGCUGGCGCUAAGCCGCAUAAGAUCUCGCAGCCGGGCGCCAUCGACACCGGCAAGGGCGAGUCGCGCAUCGACAGUGCGGUGAUGACCCACCUGGACGAGCUCGGGGAGGAUAUCGAGGUGUGGUGUGACAGGGAUUACGUGCCGCACCUCGUCACGUCAUCGAGGCCGGCGGGCCCUGCUGCCCGGAAGGUGCUGGUCGGGACUGCGACCGGAGACGGAUCUGAGGGUCCGCCCACGCCGCCGACGGAGUUGGCCACGCUACCGACCGAGCUGGCCGACGUCGCAGCGCUGUCCCCAGAGCCCGAGGAGAUCGCCGGGAUGGAUCGGGAAGAGCCCCCGCUGUUCGAGCAGUUCUUCGAGUCGCCGAUUCCCGAACAUGACGUUGCGGCAGUCGCUGGAGAGCUUGGCGCGCCGCUUGUCGAGCAGGAGUCGGUUGGGGACGUCGUGCGAGUGUUGGAGGGGGGCUUGACGGACUUUGACGCGGAUGCCAUGUCCGACCCUACGGUGUUCCAGAAGAUCGAGGUUUCGGAGUCGCCCGACGAGGUCGUUCUCGACUCGGGGGCGGCACACCUGACGAUCGAGCACCUGUCGCGCCACACCCCUUCGAUGCCAGACGCCUGCCCGGGCUGCAGGGCCGGCAAGCAUUGCAAGCCCCACUCGCGACGGCGAGACCCUGCUUCCAGGGGGAUCGCGAUUCAAGCUCCUGAUGCGGAAGAGCGCCCAUUCGGAGCCUGCGUCCACUUGGACCACGCCGUCAUGCCUCACGGCAGCCCCGCGGCGGAGGUCGCCAAGGUCAGCCUGAACAUGCUCGACGAGAGGACCCAGUACGGCGGCGUGUUCCCGAGCUCGAGCAGGAAGGCGGAGGUCGUCAUUGCAGCACACCACCUCUUCGACGACGUCUCCCCGCAGAUCAGGCGCUGGUGGACGGACAACGCCCCGGAGUUCAAGACGGCAAGCCGGAAGUUUCGGGAGCUCCACCCUUUCGCGCAUUUCUGCUCCAUUCCUCACGUGCCACAGUCGAAUGGCAUCAUCGAGAGGUUCAACCGGACGCUGCUGGAGGGUGCUCUCGCGCUGCUCGCGAUGGCGGCUUUUCCCGUCACCUGGUGGCCGCUAGCGCUGACGAUGUGGUGCAUGAUGCACAACGGCUUCAAGAUCGGCAAGGACGGCUUCACCCCAUAUUUUCGACGUUUCGGCCGCCAUCCUGAGUUCCGGCAGUACCCCUUCGGCGCUCUCGUAUUUGUGGCGCCGCGGGAGAAGGGAGUCAAGCAGCCCAAGUGGCAGGAAAAGAUGCUACCCUACGUGCUUGUCGGCAUCGGGAUUGGCCCUUGCUUCGACUGGAACAAGACGUACGCCGUCGUCCCUCUCCGCAGGCUGCUGGGCGAUUAUCGGCCAUCGCGGUCAUCUAUUAGAUAUUCUGCCGAGGUCUUCUUCCCCGAGCGCGUCACCUUCCCAGCGAAGCAACGUCUUCGCCUUGCAGGGGCGGCCAGGGACGACGCCUUCCCUGCCCCGGCGGUCUGCGAUGAGAAGGGGGCUUGGGACAUUGAGGAGUCGGACCACAGCGCUGGCUCAGGCAACGAGUGCGACGGCGAGCUCGCGGAGAAUGCGCCCAAGCUGGUGCCGGGCAACUUCGUCGAAGACAUUGUGCUGGGCCCCGAGAACCUGGCCGACUCCGGCGGCGACCAAGAUGACUGGCUUGGAGCUGAUGCCAAGUUUAUCGCUGAAGAUGUUCUCGCCGGCAUGGGGCCGGAGCCGGAGCCCCUCGACGAGGCCGAGGUCAAGGCUGCAGGGGGGCGCCCGCCGACCGGCUGGAGAAUCGACACGUUCGGCAGCCGAGCGGUCUCUGUCCCGCCAUGGUCGCGGAGGCCUCCCACCGUCUACCCGGAGGCGUGGGUCAUGAUGAGCAAGGGGGACCAGAACAAGCUGAGGGACGAGUGGAAGGAGAAGGAUCCAGAUGGAUUCAAGAAGCAGGUACCCCUCAGGAGCCGGCGGCGGCACGGUCCGGGGGUGGGGGACCCCGGCCGCCUGGGGCAGCACGGGCAGCGGAUGCCGCCCAACAGCCUGACCAACAACCAGAAGCAGUUCCAGCACCUGGGAGUCCAGCGCCGGUGCUUUCGGCAGUGCAUCGGGACGUGCGGCGCGCUGCGUGCUGAUCUUCUCAAGUGCGCCAGGGCGAAGAUUCGUUCGGGCGCCUUCACUGCCAUUUUUCUUGAAAUUAAUUGCGAAAUGGACUCAGUACUAUCUCAAGGAGUUGUUCCAGGUACCCUGGCUAUCCGCCUGGCCGAGGAGACCGACCUUACAUUGAAGGAGACCCGCCGUGCUCUACAUGGUGUGGUCCGGGAGGCCUACCUCAAUGGGUGUGCAAUUUACGUCUGGGCGUCGACGCCGAGCACGGCCGGGAGCCCGAGGCAGCACGUCGACGCUGGGCCUGGCGGUGCCUGUGGUGACGUGGAUCUUUCUGACAAGCUCAUACAGACCACCAUUUCCAUUUGCAGGCACGCGGCGAGAUACGGUGGCUGGAUUUUCUGGGAGCGGCCUCCUACGUCCAAAUUCUGGCACCGCCAGGACGUCAUCGACUUCGCGCAGUACCUCGACGCUGGCAGCCGGGACGUCUCGACCGCAGCGCUCGGGAUGAAGUUUGUCGUGAAGCGCGGCGGCCAGGAGAUCGAGCAAUAUCUCAAGCAGAAGUGGAGGAUCAUGUCGAACCACGCGGAUUUUCUUCGACGAUUGGAGCCGUACCAGGACGUUCCGGACCUCCCCGAGGACAGCUUCAUCGAGUGCACGGGCAAGAUCGCCAAGGACAGCGCCAACUACACGCGGGAGCUGGCGGAGGUUUUUUGGAGCAUCGUCAAGGUUGUGCCCAGCCUAGACCACCGCGAUGACGGGGUUGAUGCAGAGCCGCCUGUGUGGUCGUGCUUGAUUACGCGGAAGAUCAAUCUGAAGUCAGCCGAGGCUCGAUCCGAAGCCGCCCUGAAGGCCAUCGAAAAGGAGCUGGCUGGCCAUCGGAGCCGGCAGACUUGGUCCGAGACGGAGGUUCGGGAGUACAAGGACCUGAUGAAGGACCCAACGAUUCCGGAAGUCUUGCACGGCCGCGUCUUCGGCAUCAUGGGCGAGAAGAACGCCGAGGGCGACGACGCCUCGAUCAAGUUCCGGGCGGUCUUCCAGGGCAGCCAGGUGAGGACAAAAACGGGCGUCGACGCCGUCGACCUGUACCAGGAGGUUUCGAGCAGCCCGGUGAGCUUCGCAGCGGUGCGCUGCACUCUUGCGAUCGCCGUGCUGCUUCAGCUCCAGGUGUCGGUUUGCGACGCCCUGCAGGCGUACCUUCAGGCAUCGAUCAGCGGGCCAGGACGAGUUCCCGCGUGGGUCGAGAUCCCACGGGAGUGGUGGCCGUCGAGCUGGUACCACAACGGGGACCGGUCUCGCCCCAGGUUCGUUCGACCGGUAUGCCUUCUGCUCCGAGCUCUUUACGGGCAUCCGGAAGCAGGCGCACUCUGGGAGCACCUGUUCGAGGGCAUCCUGAAGGCAUUGCACUGGAAGCCGGUGGCUUCCUGGCCUGGGGUCUUCCUUCACCCGGACGGUAGCAUUCUCAACGUGUGCGUCGACGACGUGCUCCUG